CCCGCCGUCCUCAGCGGCAGCAGCACCCAGGCGGAGGGGCCUCGCCGGCGGGGAGGAGCGUGCGACCGCGGCCUGUAUCGUUCGCGCUCCCUCAGGAAAGCCGUGGGGCCGGGGUGUGUGUGUGGGGGGGGAGCGCUCCAUCGUCCUUCCUCCUCCUCCUCCUCCUCCUCCCGCCUCAGGCUCAGCCCCGUUUCCCCUUCUCCCCACCGCCCCGCAAAUCCCCUGAGCUGCUCCGAGCCCGGGCCAGAGCUUUCUCCAUUGACAUAAAGAAGAUGUUGAUGUGCCAAUUCUGCUACAACUCACAAGAAAAAUGAUAUUCAUCCAGCAUUCCUGAGUAAUAAGAAUGGGUCCAGAUGUACCUCUGCUGAAUGAUUACAAGCAGGAGUUCUUCUUGAAGCGCUUCCCACAGACUGUGCUGGGAGGUCCCCGGUUUAAAUUAGGCUAUUGUGCCCCUCCUUACAUAUAUGUGAAUCAGAUUAUUCUUUUCUUGAUGCCAUGGGUUUUGGGAGGAGUAGGAACACUUCUGUACCAGUUAGACAUUAUGAAAGACUAUUAUACUGCAGCACUUUCAGGAGGACUGAUGUUUGUUACUGCACUUAUCCUUCAGAUGGCAAAUAUAUAUGCAAAACAGAAAACAGUGACAGUAGAAAGAAUGCAAAUUCAGAAUACACUAACAGAUGAAGAUGAGUUUGAAUUUUCCAGCUGUGUAGGUUCGGAGACAGUAAAAUUUAUUAUUCCUGGCAAGAAGUAUAUAAUCAACACUGUAUUUCAUUCGUUUCUGGCAGGGGUAUUGUGUGGGCUGGGAACUUGGUAUCUGCUGCCAAACAGAAUAACCUUGCUGUAUAGCAACAUUGGAGGGACUGUUACGAUCUUUGUAUUUGGAUGGGUGACUGUAUGUAUAGCAGAGUAUUCGCUAAUCAUAAACACAGCUACCGAAACAGCUACUUUCCAAGCACUGGAUACUUACGAAAUCACUGCUCUGAUGAGACCUUUCUACAUUUUUGUCUUCAUUGCAGUGGAUCUUGCACACAGGUUUGCUGUCAACGCACCCAUUAUAGAGCAGACAAACCAGAUUUUGCACAUCGUAUUUCUUUUUCUGCCGUUCUUGUGGGCAAUGGGAAUUCUGCCCCCCCUUGACGCACUUUUUCUGUGGGGAAUGGAACAACUGUUGGAGUUUGGACUAGGAGGUUCACCUAUGUCAAGUAACACAAAGUUAUUAGUAAUGUUUCUCAUUUCUGCUGGAACAGCAAUAGCAUCGUAUUUCAUUCCCAGCACUCUCGGUGUGAUCCUCUUCAUGACUGGAUUUGGGUUCAUACUGAGUCUUAACCUAAGCGAGAUUGGUUUUGCCUUCAAACACACCAUGAUCAGCCAUUUAGCCUCCAGAAAAUCUAAAUAUAUGCACAGUGGUCUUAGAAUACAGUUUGGGUGGAGGGAGUUUAUUUUUUAUUUGACUGUAUUGACACUCGCUCUCAUAGAAGCUGGCCUGCUGCAUCAAUUUGCAGGCUUUUCAUCAUUUUCCAAAGCCAGUCCUCAGGCUAUAGCAAGUUAUAUCCUGAUUGUAUUACUUGUAAUUAUGUGGAUUCUUAGAGAGAUUCAGAGAGUGUACUUGUUUGGAACCUUCCGAAACCCCUUUUAUCCAAAGGAUAUCAGGACUGUGACUGUGUUCAUGGAGAAGCAAAGAAGGCUAAUGAAAGUUGGUGUUGUCAGGAGGAUUUUACUAACACUAGUGUCUCCAUUUGCUAUGAUAGCAUUCCUGUCACUAGACCGUUCGCUACAAAAUCUUCAUUCUGUGUCUGUUUGCAUUGGAUUCACAAGAAUAUUUAGGAUGGUAUGGCAGAAUACAGAAAAUGCCCUGCUGGACAUAGUGGUUGUGUCAGUGGCGCAAAUGUUGGUGCUCAGUCCAGACCUCUGGUGGAACAGGAGCCUUGAUACAGGAAUCAGACUUUUGUUGGUUGGUAUCCUACGGGAUCGACUGUUUCAGUUUGUCUCAAAGCUGCAGUUCGCCGUAGCUAUUCUUUUGACAUCGUGGACAGAGAAAAAACAACGUCGCAAAUCUACCGCCACCUUAAUCACACUGAAUGUGGUUUUCUUCCCAAUCCUGCUGAUCUUCAUCGCCCUCUCUGCGCUCCUUUCUUCUCCGCUGCUGCCACUCUUCACACUACCAGUAUUUUUGAUCGGGUUUCCUAGGCCUAUCCGAAGCUGGCCAGGACCCGUGGGUGCUACAGCGUGUGUUUGCUCUGAUACAGUGUACUACCAGCAGAUGGUUCCAAGUCUGGCUGUUGCUCUGCAGUCUGCAUUAGCAGCCGGUAGCCUAGGUCUCUCUCUACCUGGAUCACAUUACCUGUGCCGUUUUCAGGAUAGAUUGAUGUGGAUAUUGGUGCUAGAAAAAGGCUUCACUUAUUGUGGUGUUAACAUUAAGGGGCUAGAAUUGCAGGAAACGUCCUGUCAUGCUGCUGAAGCUCACAGAGUUGAUGAGAUUUUUGAAAUGGCCUUCGAACACCAGGAGCACACAAAGGUUCUUUCUCCUAAUGACCAUUUUGGACACAUUUUGACUCCUUGUACUGUUCUGCCUGUGAGACUGUAUUCCGAUGCCAGAAAUGUGUUAUCUGGAAUAAUCGACUCCCAUGAGAAUUUGAAGCACCUGAAAGAUGAUUUCAUUAAAGUGCUUGUAUGGAUGCUUGUCCAGUACUGUUACAAAAAAUCAAAAACAUGGGAGAGCCUGGGCAGUGUGGACAAGAACAAAAAAAGAUCAUUUCCAGAAAAUCAGCACAGCGGUGCAGCAGAAACACCCAGGCCGCUGAGGGACGAAGAUAGCUUUAGUGUUGAUACAAUUGAGGACUGGACUGAUGAUAGUGACAUUUUUGAUCUCGAACCCAGGGGCAAAAUGAGAGACAGAAAAGAACCGGGACAUUUGGGAAUGACACCGAAAGCACAUCUCUCUAUUCCAGGAUCUGUAGAAACACAGAGCCAAGAUGUCCCACAGGAAAUGUCACCAGAAGAUAAGUUACACAGGGCUGUUGUCCUUGGGCUUCCUGCUGUAGACAAAGGAAAACAGGAAGAAAUUUUACCUCAGGUUGAGUUUAGUUGCUCGUACUCAGAGCUGUUGAGCCUCCCUGAGGAAUGGCGAACGGCCCCGGUGCCUACUUCGAAAGUCAAUGAAAUGCGGCAGAGGUUUCCAGAAGAAUGGUACCAUUUCAUUUUGAGUCAGCUGGACUUUUUUCAUCUGACAGAAAAGCCUUCCAAUUUACUUGAAGACCUCAUGAAAGAUAAAGCUUUGAAAGAUUUGUACGUCCAUGGUGUGUUGUCGUGUUGUUUUGGUCUGUUUGGACUGGAUAACACUGUGCCAGCCCCGAGCCAUGUGUUCAGAGCGUACACCGGUGGCAUCCCAUGGUCUGUUGGUUUGGACUGGCUAACGGGCAAACCAGAGCUGUUCCAGCUUGCCCUGAAAGCAUUCAGAUACACUUUUAAACUGAUGGUUGACAAAGCAAGCCUGGGGCCAGUUGAGAACUUCAAAGAACUAGUUAACUAUCUGGAAGAAUACGAAAAUGAUUGGUACAUCGGGCUGGUAUCGGAUCUUGAGUGGCAGCAAGCAGUUCUUCAGGAAAAGCCAUACCUUUUUUCACUGGGACAUGAUCCAAACAUGGGAAUUUACACUGGGCGAGUCCUCACUCUCCAGGAAUUGUUAGUACAAGUGGGAAAACUUAACGAUGAAGCUAUCCGGGGUCAGUGGGCAAAUCUGUCCUGGGAGCUGCUGUAUGCUACGAACGAUGAUGAAGAACGCUACAGCAUCCAGGCACACCCAGUUCUUCUGAGAAACCUUACUGUGCAAGCUGCAGACCCACCUCUUGGCUACCCCGUUUAUUCAUCAGAGCUUCUGCAUCUGCCUUUGUUCUAGGCUAUCUGUAGCACUUUGUAUUAUUAUUACUGUUUUGUAUUUUCCACCUGCAUGUCGGAAAACAUGCUCAUGCUACAUUUAUGCGCUAGAAGUAAGAGUUUACUGUCGUAAUGGCGUUGGGUGGCAGUGCCAAGCCAGCGUCCACAAUUUGCACAGAAAUGGUGCUAGCCAGAACCUUCAGCAGGCAGGACGUUGCGAGUGGUUUUCUUGCUGCUGGAACAUUUGAGACACCAUUGCCUGUGUGGCUGACGAGCCAGGAAAUGCUGAAAUUCUCUUCUCCGGGUUGGAGAUUCUCAUCAUUAACUAUUUUUGAUGCAUUCUGAUUUUUUUUUUUUUUCUUUUUAAUGGUUGGACAGGUGACUUGCACUGACAAGUUACAGCUCAUUGUAGAACCGUCAACCACAGAGUUGGUAACCAAAGUGUAUAUAUGACUAUUUAUAUGAAUUUUUUUAUUCUGGUCAUUUUAUAUUGGACUGAGUUCAGUUUUAGCAUUUGUUAUAAUAUAUGACUUUAGGUGAUCUUCGUUAGCUCUAGUAAGUUAUCAGUUAUGUGCUUUAGCAAGAAAGUUGGGAGGAUUUUUACCAAAGUGCUUGUUCUGGGGUCAAAGACAAUUUGUAUAAAACAGUGUGCGGUCUGACACAUUGAUAACCCCUGUGACCUACUGAUGAACGUGAACAUGUCUAAUUAGGGGGGAGAAGGAAUUUAAGUCCGAAUGGAUUAAUUUUAUUUCCUUCCUCCAGUAUCCGUGUAUAUAUAUAUAUAUAUAUAUAUAUAUAUAUAUAUACACACACAUACAUACAUACAUACAAGUUGUUGUGUGAAACCUGUGUCCACACCACUAAGAAGUCUUCCACGAAUACAGUGAGAGCUUGAUUGAGGGUGGAGGGGUGGGAGGAGAGGAACCCAGCUGUCUUUGAUAGAAUUUUUAUAUAUUUUUUUAACCUUUGCAGAGGUUAGAACAGAGUUUGGCAGUUGGUUUGUAGUAUUACAGGUCUCCCUGAAAACAGGUUUGGGUCAUCUCUCCAGCGAUGUGUUUAUCCUGGUCACUACCACCCGUCGUUAGCACGUGAGUGUACUUUCUCUGUAGAUCAGUAGUUACAGUGUAGUUACUGCUGGUGUAUGCUUAGCAGGAUGUAAAUAAUUGUCUUUCUUUAACUAGGAUCGAUUUCAAAGAGAUCUGCUCUGUAACCAUUUUGGUAUUGGUUUAUAAAACCCAGUACUGUUUAAUUGGAGCAUGUUUAUUACUUCUACACCUCACCUUUAAGACCUUUUCCUAUUGGAUAAAAUUUGUCACAGGACUGUGUACUACAUGCUAAGCUGUUAACUGAUUGUUUUCAUUGGUGACCAUAAGUUCUUUUAAAGAAAUAUGCAAACCUUGUAAUGGAACUCAGAAGUGGUAACGAAACAAACGUCAGACCCCAAGGUAUAGCCCUCUAACAGCACACACAAAUUCACACAGAGUAUUAGUGGAAUCAGCUUUUAGAAAGUGAUUGUUUGGUGUGCAGGAGCAUAAAUAGCCAAGUGCUGAUAACCUAAAAAAAGCCUUGGUUGGCCAUGAACUGUAUCUGGAAAUGCAGAAUCGUGGAAACAGAUCUGGAAGGGGCUUUUAGAGAGCUCGUGCUUCAGCUCACUGUCAAAAGGAACUAUUCCUGGCAAAUGUAUAAUCCAUCUUAAAACAUCUAAUACCAAGUAUAGGAUGAGCUUAUCAAGUAGUUCACUAGUUAUUUGCUGUUCUUGCAACAGUUGGGAGAGGGAUUGUUCAUUGUGUUUUUUUUUUUCCUAAAAUUAAUUUAAACCUCCCUGCCUUGUUGUACGCCUCCUACUGACUUGUCUUCUGUGUGGUUACAGAAGUUUUAGUUACUUUUUUUUUUCAGCAGCAGCGGUCUUUUAUUUCAUGGUUAUAAUUUCUGCCCUCAUUUUUUGUCUCCUGUAAACCGAAUAAACUAGUUGAGAACAGA